AUGGGCGCGGCUUCAUAUUUCAUCUGAUCACCCGACGAGGACUUGAGAACAGUUGUCAAUAUUGCGGUUGUUUUUCCAGUCACUACCUACCUUUUUAUUUUUCAAAAACAAAUAAGAGUUAUUUUUUCUUAACCCACGAACCAGGGCAUCCUCUUCAACAUACUCUUCCUCCUUCCCAAUGGAGCGAGCUCACAGAUCAGCCAUUGCGAUGGUACAAUGAUGAUGGCUUCGUCACCACGGUGACAGCGGAUGAUUGACGCGGCUGAGAAAGAGGUCAACCAUGUCCCCAAAUGUUUGGAAAUACGGCCUCGCCGUCCUAGCGCUGCUCGGCCUCGUCUUCCUUCUGCGCAACAUCAGCAUUCUGGAGAACUGGAACUGUAGCACAGUGUCAGCGCUGUCCCGGCUCCAGAGCCACAUCCACACAUCUUUGUCUGGACCCGUCCCGAUGUUCCACCACAAUCACACCUUCUGUGCACAGCUGGGCCAGAAAGCCUCACCAGAAGAAGAGCUAGAGGAGCACAGCUUGUUGAAUUCCAUCACCUGGCCUGGGCCACCGUCUGCCUCGGCACCAGUUGCCUUGCUCAAGACGAGCGACCCGGCCCACAGCUCCUUCACCAUCCUCCCCUCCGAGAACGAGGGGCAUUGGUACGUGGGCGACCAGCUAGAAGUCACCGUCCAGGUGUACGACUUCAAGGGUCGACCCAAGGGCUAUGGUGGUGAUUUUCUUCUGGCUCGACUGCAUUCCCCAGAAUAUAGGGCAGGUGUGGCCGGGGUGGUGUUGGACCACAAGAACGGACUCUACUCUGUUCGAUUCCUUCUGCUGUGGGAAGGGUCGGCUCAGGUGGAGGUCACCAUGGUGCACUCGAGCGAAGCCGUUGCCGUGCUGCAGCGACUGAGGGAAAAGCGUCCCGAUCGGGUGUACUUCAAGAGCCUCUACCAUCUGGGCCUUCAGUCUGAGACCACGGUUUGUAACAUGUGCCUACCGCCUGACCGGGGGCCGCUGUGUGACUACACGGACUCUCGCACCCUCGAGCCUUGGUACUGUUACAAGCCUAGGAUGCUCAGCUGCCACACCAGAAUCAACCACGCCAAGGGAGGUUACCUCAAAGGCAUCACGACAAACAAGGAAGCAGCGCUCUUUCGGAGUGGCGUCAACAUCAAAGUUCCCAUCCGGGCUUCCGGGAAGGAUGCAAUCAGCGUGCUGCCUUCAAGGACAGAAAGCAGGAGUGUGAAACCGGAUGCUGUCAACCAAGCCACGUCCGGGUACUACUACGAGGACUGGUGGAGACCCUUAGUCGGCGUCGCAAUGCGCCAGUUCAACUCGUCAGCCAUCACUCUGUGUUUGACCAAUAAGGUGGUCUACAUGUACGGCGACUCCACCAUUCGCCAAUGGUUUGAAUUCCUCGUGGAUGUACUGCCAGACUUGAAGGAAUUCAACCUCCGGAGUCCUAAAUUGGUAGGACCCUUCAUGGCGGUGGACAGCACUCACAAUAUUCUUGUUACGUACCGCUGCCACGGACCACCCAUCCGCUUCUCCACCAUAAUGGCUAGUGAGUUGCGGUACAUCGCCAACGAGCUGGACGGCCUGAGCGGGGGUCCCAACACAGUGGUGGCCCUCAGCAUCUGGUCUCAUUUCAGCACCUUCCCCGUGGAGGUGUACAUACGCCGCCUGCGGCACAUCCGCAAGGCUGUGGCGCGACUUCUGGACCGAGCGCCAGGGACGCUGGUCGUGAUCCGCUCGGCCAACCCCCAAGCCCUGGACCAGCAGGUGAGCCUGUACAACAGCGACUGGUUCUCGCAGCAGCUGGACACCGUGCUGCGCGCCAUGUUUAAAGGUUUGGACGUGCUAGUGGUGGACGCCUGGCAGAUGAGCGUGGCGCACCGUCACCCUCACCUCCUCCACCCACCACCGGCCAUUGUCAGGAACAUGAUAGACGUCAUGUUGUCCCACGUUUGUCCAUAGUAAUGCCAAAGAUGAUGCCUUCUCAGGGUUCCUAAGCGUGUAUGGAAAAGUAUGGAAUGUGAUUUUAUAAAUUUGAAAAAUUCAUUGAUCUGUUCUUCUCAGGUGCUUGCUAGCUAAAAUGUCUUAUGUAAUUUUACGAGAAAAAAUAUGAAUAAUAAAUGUUAUUUGUACAGCGCUUUUCAAGGUACUCCACGACACGUUACAAUGAAGGUAAAAACAGUAUCAAGCUAAAUAAGAAGCAGGACAGGAAGGCACAUUAAAAUACAACAAACACAACGAGAAGCAAAACAAAACAAAACAAAGCAGCAAAGUAUAAAAAGUUAAACAUUAAAUACAGUUUUUAAUAAGUGGGUUUUAAGUUGGUUUUUGAAGGUGGGAAGGUUGGAGCAGGCACGGAGUGGUUGGGGCAAUAAAUUCCAGAGGGUGGCGAUGGAGAAGGCUCUGUCUUCCCAGGUUCGAAGCUCGGUCAUAAAGGGAAGGGUCAGGAGGUUGGACUCUGAGGAGCGAAGGGAACGUGAGGGUUUGUGUCCAUGGAGCACGUCUGUCAAGUAUGGAGGGGCCAGAUUGUGGAGAGCUUUGAAAGUGAUCAGGAGGACUUUGAAAUGGAUGCGUUGAGGGACGGGAGCCAGUGGAGGUUUUGAAGGACAGGGGUGAUGUGUCAACGGGACAGGGUGGAGGAGAGGAGGCGAGCAGUGGAGUUCUGGAUGUACUGUAAUCUGUUGAGGAUUUUGGAUGAGAGGCAGAGAACGUGAGUGAUAGAUGGAGUCGGGCUAUGUUGUUAAGAUGGAGAAAUGCAGUCCGGGUUACUUGUUUCACGUGUGGUUCAAAUGAGAUGGUGGAGUCAAGGACGAUGCCAAGGUUGUAGAUGAGUGGCGAUGGGGUGAGGGUGGUGUUAUCCACAUUGAGGCAGAAGUCUUGAGCGGGUUUUGUGAUGUUGUUAGGACCAAUGUCUAUGUCUGUUUUGUCACGGUUACGUUUGAGAAAGUUGCGUUUUAUCCAGGUUUUAAUAUCAGUUGGUGAGGGUGGAGUGGAUAUUGGAGUUGACGGAGGUGGUAGAGAUGUGUAGGUGUAUGUCAUCAGCAUAACUGUGAAAACCGACGCCAUGACAACAGAUGAGGUUACCAAGUGGGAGGAUGUAGAGGAUGAAGAAAGAGGACCAAGUGCAGAACCUUGUGAUAAAGGGGCUAUGGAGGAGCAGCAGCAGUUGAUAUGCACAAACUAAGAGGAAAAAAGUCAUAUUCUAAUGAGAAAAAACUUGCAAUUUUACAAGAAUAAAUUCUUAGUAUUAUGAGGAAGAAUAAUGUAAUUUUACUGAUAUAGAGUUGAAAUAUUAAAUUUUAAAAAGACAUUACCACAAACAAACAAAAAAUUUAAAUUAACAAUUUUGGCUGGGGAUAAAGUUAUAAUAUUACGGGAAUAAAAUCAAACUAAUUUGGGAAUAAAGUCAUAAUAUUAAAAGAAGAAAACCUACAGCCGCGCCCCCAACCACGAGCGCCGGAGUUCAACCUACAGCUGCACCCCCACCCACGAGCGACGGCGUUCCAGUUCAAGCCGUGACAACCGUCGUGAUUGUGCUGGCUGCUGUCUGUGCUCUCGCUGCCACCUGGCACUGGCGCAGAGUAAAUCAUCGACAGCGACCUGUCAAUGAAACCGUGGACACGGUGGCUGUGCGGCCGUUAGAGGCCAAGUCUCGAGAGUCCUCCAACAGCAGCUAGAGCGUUGUACUUCCUGGUUGUGUCACGUGUUCUAACAAAAUGUGAAUGAAUGCAGCCACAGGGUUUGUGUGUUGCUGGAAAGAGAAAGAGAAUCCAUCUGUCAGCAGAUUCAUCUCCAGCUCAGAGAAAAAGCUUGCACGUUUAACCAUACUACUAAUAUCAUUUUUAGCCACUUAGCCAAACUACUUUUUAAAUCGUCUUUUUAUAAAGAUUUUAUAUUUACAUACGUAUUGUAUGAAGUUGGCUUUAACGGAUAAAUACACAUUGUGUUUGUUGCCCUAAUGUUCCCGUUGUGACGUCAGGGCAAAGAUUAGAACACGUGACACAACCAGGAAGUGUGAGGAAGGCUAGACCAGAGGUGGUCUCAUUUUCCAACGAUCAUUAAGUGUCUGCCCAUUUUUAUUUAAGUCCAUCCGCCCAAAUAUUUUUUUCAAAAGUCGUCUUUUUAAAGCUGAAAACACACAAUUACACGUGCAAAGUGCAUGUUUGAGGAAUUUAUGAAGGCAUUUUAUGAAGGAAACGAGGAACAUAACUGCAUGUGCACAUAUCAUGCACAAGACCACAAAAGGCAAGUCUGCAUGUUAAUGUAGCUAAUGAGUAAUUAAAACAGAGUCCUGAUAGCAGUUUACUAUCAAUCCAGGUUUGAUGAUUUGCUGGACUGAAAUGCAUCUCUUAUUUUGUUUCACAAACUAGAAGUCAGCAAACAUAACACAACAUGCAUGGACAAAACACUUAAAUAUAACACACAAACCAAAAUGUAUAUCUAUAUAUACGUUGAAUGGCCCUUAAACUGUCCUGAGCACAAUCUAAGAUUUGCUGGCCAGCAUACAAAAAGAAGAGUCUAUCGAGCUCUAUACGUGUAUGUAUGGGCGGCGUUUGAGGGAGUGAGUGUGUGCUGCGGUGCCUGGGAUGCUCCAGCAGCGGCAGGAUGGUGACGAGGACGAUGACGAUGACGAUGACGAGAAGGUAGAUGGUGUCCUCUUCCUCCACUAUGGCCAACAAGGAAGAGCAACAGUCUCUCACAUCCAAUUCGCUAGCAGGAAAACAGCAUAAUGUCAUGCAGUGAUGGAUUGAGCAGACAGGCCUGGCACACACAGGUGGCUCUCCUACACACUUUGACCAUGUGCGAGCCUACUGCGCUCACUAGGGGCACCAUGGUAACCAAUUAACGACUGUCGUAAAGAUGUCCAUUUCUUAUAAAGAGAAUCACUUACAAUUAUAAUAAAACGAAUGUAUAAAAUGUAGUAGCACAUUAUUUAAAUGAUAACAUUUCUUUUAAUCACACAAAAACACAGCUGGGUUACAUUGGCACAACUAGACCUGACAUCUGCAGAUUAUCUCCCGCAGACACUCUUCUGUUGUUUCUGGAACCAACCGACGGAUCCAUGCCUACUGUAUGUCUGCUUUUUCCAGACGCAAGGUACAGCACCACCUACAGGUCAGUCCUCGUUCUUACCUUUAAAUAGCAACUUCCGUUAUCCGAAUAUGGAAAGAAAAAAAAUCUGUUUUUGGUCCAUUUUUUAGCCCAUUUCUGUGGACUGGUGAUUUUCUUUUUUGUUAUAUGAAAUAUACAUUAAAAAAUCUAACCGUUUACUUUGAUGUAGUUUUUUUUGUUUUGGACGCUGAAAAAAAAAAGGCUUUGUAUUUCAAUUUUAUUUUUUGUAUAUCAAAAUGAAAUUCAAAUAACCAAUCCUUUACUGUUUUUUUAAUUCCCAUUCAUGAAAAGAAAA